AUGCUGCGUUCGUUGCGCGCUGGAGCCACCCUGAGUUUCUUCGCGGCCUUUCCACAGCGAGUGGGAGGUCAAUGUCGGAGCCAUGUCGGAGACACCGAGUUCGCGUCCUUCGCCCUCUGCUGCCAAGCUCAGCAGCCCGCCUCCGCGGCGAAGGCAGAUCUAUGUGGAGGCAGCUGGGAUUGCGACGGCCUGCUUCAGUGCCAGAUGGAGGAGCUUGCUUCUGCACCUUCCCUGCUUCAGGAUCGCACUCCAGGCGUUGCCGAGAUGCGAAUGUACUUUGAGCACCUCAUGGGCAUUUACCUGACGGGGGAGAUUCCCGACCCUGUCUUUCUGGAUAUCGAGCACGUCAUUCCGAGCAUCUUCCUGGCCUUAGCCGCCGCGAUGCCACCUGGCUCUCCUGAUGUGCAGGUCUUGGACGUGGGAGCCUACGCAGGAUCUGUGAGCUGCGCGUGCAUCGCAUUCUGGGACGCCGUUGUCGGCACGGCAUCAGCGUGGCCGGGAGGGCCCGGCACGCCGCCCUCAACAAAUAUUCGCGUCCUAGCCCUCGAGCCCUCGCCGCAACGGUGCCGCUUGCUCAACAGUGGAGGGCGCGAGCAGGCGCCGCCAGAUUUGGACCUCUGCAAGCAUGAGCCGCGGAGCGCUGGACGAAUCCGAGCUGCGUGCGUCGCUGCGUCGUCGUCCAACGGGGAGGCAACACUCCAAUGCCCGCAGCAAAUGAGUUUUCUGGCAGAGAAAGCACCAAAAGAGGGCUGGUACUUCGACAACUGCGGCGAAUCUGCGACUGUCCGGACCGUGAGGCUAGACAACCUCUUGGUGGAAGAGGGUAUCGCAAAGGUCGACUUGCUCAAGAUAGAUGCUGAGGGUCACGACUUCGAUGUUCUGCGCGGAGCUUCUGAGUCUUUGAAAGCUGGGAAGAUCCGCUUCGUGAUUUUCGAGGUGAUCGUGCACCCAGACUCUUUGCGUUCUCAUGCUGCGGCAAUGGUGCAGCUUAUGGAGUCAGCAGCCUAUGAGUGCUUCAUUCUCGCGCCCGAGAUGCUGGUACCUCUGAAAGGCCCUUGGCUGACGAACCUCUACGUUGCCACGAGCCACGCUUGGAACACCCUGUGUGCGCGCGAAGGCGACCCACUGAUGCGAGAAAUCAUCAUGCUGUACAGCCGGGUGCCGCGAGCGACGCAGUUCUCCUUGGCAGCCAUCGGGGUGGACGCCGGUCGGCAGGAGCAUCACUCCGACGCGGCUCUUAGGAGGCGCGCUGUGGCCGCCGAGCGCUAUUUCCAGGCCAUGUAUGAGAAGACGCUGCAGGACGGAUGGUCUGACUUGCCGCAUGUGCAGUACAUGCGAGCUCGGCUCAUGCAAGCUGCUGGCAAGGUGGAACUGGCCAUGCCGAUCUACAAGGACCUACAGAGGGAGCCUUGCUGCCGAGAGCCAUCCACCUUCCAGGCGCAGAGGGAGUAUCACCGGCUCUCGGACGACCUUCCUCGGAAGUACAUGAAGGAGGUUGGGUACAUACUAGACAAGAGAAACCGCACCACGGGCGUGGCUGUCAACGAAAUGCAGGGUGGUAUGCUGCACGAGCUGGUGUGGUACCACAGGCGUCCCGGUUCGGGAGCCGCCUUCGACCAGGAGCACGCCUGCCAGGCACAAAGCUGGCUUCGGCCCUUGGCGCUGCUCGGAGAACCCCUGGCUGCCCUGGAACUGGGCCUGAUAGCGGAGUUCGGCCUUUGUCAGGGAACGAUGUCGCGACAAGGACUUGCGGAGGCCACCUCGUGGUAUCGCAUCGCUCGCGAGAAGGACCGUGUUGGCAUGGCUAUGGGCCGUUGGGGCCUGGAGGCACACAACUUCCUGGAGAUCGCGACACGCGUGCUCCGAGAAGAGCAGAGAGCUGGUUAA